CAUUUCGAAACGGCUCGACUAUGCUGCCAGUGAAGAUUUUGGUUCUGCUCGCAGCCUUUGGCUGCCAUGCUCUAGUUGAGGCGAGUAAUGAGACCACGUUGUGCCCGCCGACAACCGAUGAUAGCCGCGAUGGCGAAGAUUCGUUGUGUCCCAGCUUCCAAGACCUGCGCGACAUCAUUGACGAGAUAGCUCUAAUGGAGCUCAUACAGGCACACUAUCAGUGCAACGCCAAGUUCCGCAAGGCCUUGUGCUACUACAAUUCGUCGCGCUUCCACUUGGUAGCCCAGCAGCUGCAGCAGAGCGAAGCCUACAUUUCGAUGCUGGCAGAUCUGCGCAAUGCUGGCGUCGACACCACCGACAUCGAGAGCAUUGUGAACAUCUUCGCCUGCCUGGAGCUGUCUUUACCGAAACUCAAAAAGAGCUGCGACUGCAAGCAAUUGCGCGGUCACACGUUUGUCGGCGAUCUACUGGCUAGCAUGUCCCAUCAGGCUGUCCACGACUACACGGCCGUCGCCCGUGCAAAUCACACCAACUUUGGCCUCUUUGCGGACACCAUCACCUCCUCGGCCUUCCAGGCGCGUAUGCGCACUAAUAUGCUUAAAAGCGAUGCGCUGCGCCCGUUGCGCUUGCUCCGUCGCUAUGGCUGGGAUGUACAAGAAAUACUUGGCGCUGCCAUGUCCAUACUCUCCUGGUGAGCUACAUGGACUCGGGACAACAAUUCCAUACCUAUAUAGCUGUUGCAGUUGAAUAUGUAGAAAAAGGUUGAAUACUUGAAUAGAUGAACUGUCAAUCGCUCAGAAA